UCAUAUGUCACGGAAUAGAUCCUGAACUAUGUAUGUAGUCAGACGAAACUCUUGAGUGAUUCAAUGUCUCUCGGAAGACCAUGACUGAAUGAAACGAUCUCGUUGUGCAGACGGUCUGAGCAAGAGUUUCUGGACAUUAUGCCAGUUGAAGAGGUCUGUGAUGGCGUUUCAGCAGAGGAUGAUGCUAAUCCGGGGUUGGAUGUUCCUUUCCUUUUAGAAGAGUGUGUAAAAGAGAAGGUGCCAUGGAAGGAGGUGUUGAAAAGGAAGGUGGGAAAAAAGUGUUCCUGCAGUCGUGCUCGAGUCAAAGCCUUGCUCGUAGACUCCAUUCCAAUCGUAAAAUGGCUUCCGCGAUAUCACUUCAAAGACUGGAUCAUUGGGGAUGCCAUGUCUGGCCUUAUCGUCGCCAUCCUGUUGGUUCCCCAGUCCAUCGCUUAUUCUUUACUAGCAGAACAAGACCCUAUUUAUGGGCUCUAUACUUCCUUCUUUGCCAGCAUUAUAUACGCCCUGCUGGGAACCUCCAGGCACAUCUCUGUUGGGAUGUUUGGGGUAUUGUGCCUUCUGGUGGGACAGGUUGUUGACAGAGAACUUACUCUGGCAGGAUACACAUCGGACACCAAUCAGACCAUCAUGGGAAAUUUGGACAACAGCACUGGUCUAAUCUGUGACCGAAGCUGCUAUGCAAUCAUGGUGGGAGCAACACUAACUUUCACAGCAGGAGUCUACCAGGUGUUAAUGGGUCUCUUACAGGUUGGCUUUGUCUCAGUCUUCCUCUCCGACUCUCUGUUGAGCGGUUUUGCGACUGGCGCCUCUCUCACCAUCCUCACAUCCCAGAUGAAGUACUUUCUGGGGCUUCACCUUCCUCGUGUCCAAGGCUGGGGUUCGCUCAUAAAAACCUGGAUCUGUCUUCUGAAGAAUCUGGGUCAUACCAACGUAUGUGACCUCAUAACAAGCGGGAUCUGCUUGCUUGUACUUGUACCCGCGAAAGAGCUCAACAACCGCUUCAAGGCUAAGCUCAAGGCCCCCAUUCCUUUUGAGCUCUUUGUGGUCAUUGCUGCUACUCUAGCUUCCCACUUUGGAAAGUUUAAGGAAACUUAUGGCUCGGAUGUAGCUGGCAACAUCCCCACGGGCUUCAUGCCACCACAGCUUCCGAACUGGUCUCUCAUACCCAAUAUCGCUGUUGAUGCAUUCUCGAUUGCCAUCGUUGGUUUCGCCAUUACUGUGUCUCUGUCAGAGAUGUUUGCCAAGAAGCAUGGUUAUAUGGUGGACCCUAACCAGGAGAUGUAUGCCAUUGGGUUCUGUAAUAUCAUUCCUUCCUUCUUCCAUUGUUUCACGACCAGCGCCGCCUUGACCAAAACUCUUGUGAAGGAGUCCACAGGUUGCCAGACUCAGGUCUCGGGGUUGGUGACCGCUCUAGUGCUGCUGCUCGCCCUGCUUGUUAUUGCACCUCUCUUCUACUCGUUGCAGAAAGGCGUUCUGGCCGUCAUCAUAGUCGUCAACCUCCGUGGGGCACUGCGAAAGUUUGUGGACAUUCCCAAAAUGUGGCGUGUCAAUCGAGUGGACUCUAUCAUCUGGCUGGUUACCAUGUCUACGUCAGCCCUAGUGAACACUGAGCUAGGCCUGCUGGUUGGAGUUCUGGUCUCUGCGUUCUGUGUGCUAGGCCGAACCCAGUCUGCCCAAGUCCUUCAGCUGGGCCAAGCAGGGGAUCGUGAGCUCUUUGAGGACAUUGGGUUUUACAAGGGCCUUCAGACCCAACCAGGUGUGGCUGUUUUCCGAUACGAGGCUCCAAUCUACUACGCCAACCAAACUCUGUUUAAGAAGUCACUGUACCGCAGUGUGGGACUGGAUCCACUUAAAGAGAAGGCCAGGCGUAGGAAACUAGAGAAGCAAAGGAAUCAGAAACAAGGUGGAGAAGACCUGAAGCAAGAGAUUGAAGUGUCCACCAAUGUGUAUUUGCUACAGCACACCAGUUUACACACAUUGGUCAUAGAUUGCAGUCCAGUGCUGUUUCUGGACACUGCUGGAGUCAAUGCUUUGAUAGAGGUAUGCAAGGACUACAAGGAGCUGGGAGUCAAUGUACUUUUGGCACAAUGCAACAUCUCCGUCAUUGAUUCUUUGCGUAGGGGAGGCUACUAUGACCCAAAGAAAGGAACCAAAGAAAUAAAGUUUCACACUGUUGGUGAUGCCAUCUCUUAUGCCCAAAGCUUGAAGUCAAAGAAUGGUGAUUGUGACACUGUUGUGUAAUAAUUUAUGUAUUGAUUUGUAUACAGUUGUCUUUGAAUUUAA